AUGGAAGAAUAUUCACGUGAACCUUGUCCGUACCGUAUUGGAGAUGAUAUGGGUAGUGGUUUUACAAUGGGUUUGAUUGGUGGUUCUAUAUUUCAUUCAAUAUCUGGUUUCAGAAAGGCAACAGAUCGACAUAAAUUUGAAUCUGCAAUACAAAAUGUUCGUAAAAAGGCAUCUCUAACUGGUGUUCAGUUUGCAGCAUGGGGUGGUAUGUUUAGUGUUUGUGAUUGUACAUUAGCAGCAAUUAGAAAAAAGGAAGAUCCCUUUAAUACAAUUGCAUCAGGUGGUUUAACAGGAGCACUUCUUUCAUGUCGUUCUGGUCCAGCAAUUAUGGCUUCAUCAGCUUUUCUUGGAGCAGCAGUGUUGGCAAUGAUUGAAGGAGUUGGAGUGGUUAUUUCAUGGUAUGCAGGACAGAUGCACGACCCAACAAUUAUGCACCCUCAAGCAGAAGAAGUUUUAUAA